AUUUAAUUUAUUUUUAUUAAUUAUUUGAAAAAAUGUUGUUUCGGUUGUUAACAGUGUUAUUGUUUUGUGGAAUUGUUGUUAACGGUUUCGAAGUUCUCAAUCAGUGGAAUACUUUGGAAUAUGAUGUACCGGAAUUUGAUUAUGAAACUGCACGAACUAUUAGACCAGAAAAUAAUGUAUUUACCGGUAUGGAAAUUACAGAUGAUCGCAUAUUCAUAGCAACACCACGAUUGUAUUCAGGAACUGGACCAACAGUAACAUCAAUUCCUCGUAACACUUUACCAGGAAGUUCACCAGUAUUAAAAGCGUAUCCUGAUUGGUCAUGGCAUACACAAAAUGUUCGUGGACAGAACUAUUCAUGUGAAGGAUUAGUCUCAGUUUAUCGAUUGCGACAAGAUUCUUGUAAUAGGUUAUGGGUAUUAGAUUCUGGUCUAACAACAUCCAUUGAAGAUUUCAGAGUAGUUUGUCCACCAAAAAUUGUAAUCUUCGAUUUGCAUACAAACCAACCAGUACGAAUAAUUCAAUUUCCACGUGGUGUCUUACGUCCAAGCACAUUAACCACGAAUUUAGUAAUUGAUGAAGUGUCACGUGGAAAAUGUGAUAAUGCUUUCGCAUACAUUUCAGACACCGCAGCACCUGGUUUGAUUGUUUAUGACAGUGCCAAAGAUGCUGCAUGGCGUUUUAUUCAUCCAACUAUGUUCCCUGAUCCUGAUUUUAGUUCUACAACUGUAGCUGGUGAAACAUUCCAAUUGAUGGAUGGUAUUGUCGGUUUGGCAAUGUCUGCGCCAACAGGAGUGCUAUAUUAUCAACCAUUAGCAACAAAUCGAGUAUUUAGUGUUCCAUUAGCAGUUUUACAAAAAGGGCCAUUGGCACAAAAUGAAGAAUUACCUGUUAGUUUAGUCGGAACAAAAAGUUCUCAAGGUAUUGGAUUGGCUGUGGAUCCAAAAACAGACAGUCUUAUAUUUGGACCAGCAACUGAAACCGCCAUAGCCCUCUGGAAUCCUAGAAGUAAUUUACAAAGUGUAUUGGCUUAUGACCCAGAACUUUUACAAUUCGCUGCAGAAAUUCGAAGUGCAGAACGUGAUAAUAAUAAUGUAUGGGUACUAUCAACACGUUUCCAAAAGUUCUUCUUACGCACACUUCAAACGCGAGAAGUAAAUCUUCGUAUUAUACGCAUUAACACUUCAGGUGCUCCUGCACCAGGACCAUUCCAUGGUUUACCAAGAGUACCAGGGCCGUAUUCAUUAAUUUUAAGGUCGUUCAAACUACAGUCAAAACAUAUAAAACCCAAUACAUCAUCUCUACGCAAUUUGUAUUUAGAAAUGAAUCUACAAAAUAAAAUAUUCAUGUUAAUUGAAUUCCUUUUGUUUUUCUUGAGUCUGAACAAAGCUCAAGAUAACAAUGUAACAUUUGAAAGUCGAUUUGGUUCAACACCACGAAAAGGUUUAACUACAAUAUUUCAAUGGAAAAGUUUAGAUUGGAAAUAUCAAUCAGAAUAUGAUCGACAAACGGCAAUACAAAAUGGUGAUUUUAUACCUGGUACAUUAGUUCCAAUUGACAUGGAUGUAUAUUAUUCAGGUUCACAAAAUAUUGGGAAUUUAAUUUUUUUGACGGUACCUAGAUUUCAAUUAGGUGUUCCAGCUACUUUAAAUACUGUGAAUAAUGAAGGAUUAUUAACUCCAUAUCCACCAGGUUGGGAUUGGCAUACAAAUCCAAAACAAUGUAAACGUAAUCGUAUAGUCUCGGUUUACCGAGUUAUGGUAGAUGAAUGCGGAAGACUUUGGGUUUUAGAUACAGGUAUUCUUGAUGAAGAAUUAAUCUGUCCUCCACAAUUGCUUGCUUUCGACUUAAAAACGAAUCAAGUAAUAGCCCAAUAUGAAAUACCGAAGGAUCAAUAUAGCCCGGGAGGAGAAAGUAUUUUGGUGACACCUGUAGUAGAUGUUCGUGAUCCUAAGAAUGGAUGCUUCGAUACGUUUGUUUAUAUAGCCGAUGUUACACGUUUUGGCUUAAUUGUUUACGAUCAUUCUCGUAAAACAUCUUGGAGGAUUACAAAUAAUCUAUUUUAUCCAUAUCCAAAUGCAGGAACUUUCGAAAUUUUAGGCGAAUCAUUUGAUUUGAUGGAUGGUAUUUUGGGUUUGUCAUUAUCACCAUUAAUUCCUGGCCAAGAUCGAACAUUAUACUUCCAUGCACUUUCAAGUUUUACAGAAAAUCGAGUAGCAACAUCUAUAAUACGUAAUCAAACAUUAUUUUCGGAUACUACCGACGGAGCACCACGAAAAUUUAACCUUUAUUCACGAACUCGAACAUCACAAGCUGCAGCUGAAGCAAUUGAUCGUAAUGGCAACCAAUACUUUGUUCUGACUCGAGACUUAGCGUUAGCUUGUUGGAAUAUUCGUAAUGAAUAUGGUGGAUCAAAUAUUAAUAUUUUAGAACGUAACCCAGAAACAUUACAAUUUGGCAGUGGAGUGAAAGUAAUUACAAAUCGAAAAAAUAAUCAAGAAUUAUGGGUAAUCACUGUACGAUUCCAAAAAUUGAUGACUGGUACAUUAAAUCCAAAUGAAGUUAAUUUUCGAAUACAAGCAGCAAAAAUUGAUGAUUUAGUAAAAGGUGGUCGAUGUGGUAGUCAAAGUGGUGGUCAUCAGCAUGGACCAGGAGGUGGUUACGGUCUCUCAAAAUACACUCGUGAUUUACGAUACUUACCUGCUAACUAAAAAGUAUUUUUUUAUUGUAGUAUAUUUAUAAAAUAAAUUCCUAAUUUAA